GGUUCCCGUUGCCACGCCGUUGCCUGCAACCCCAGUCCCGGCAACGCCCUUGCCGCCCACGCCCACGCCUGCUCCUGCCACUGCUCCUGCCUCUGCCCCAAUUCCUGCGGUUGCCUCGAUUUCCAGCAACGCACCCUCGGCUCGCUCGUCGCCCUCGACGUCGACACCAUCCACCCCAGGCAAGCGCCGGCCAAAGCUCAGUACCCCCAAGCUCUCGUUUGUUCCCACCACCGAUCGUUCCCAGGACAAUGAUUCGUCGCCCUCAGCCUCGAACGCCCCAAAGCUCUCGGAUCUCUCAAAGUCGAUUGCCGAAGACAGCACCUCGGAGAUCCGAAAGGAAGAUGUUGAGUUUAUAUGUGAGCUCGGCGCCGGCAACGGCGGCUCGGUCAACAAGGUUCUUCACAAAACCAGUGGGCUUCUGAUGGCCAGAAAGGUAAUCUUUGUCGACGGAAACCCGCAACUCCGGAAGUCCAUCUUCCGCGAACUGCAGAUCCUCAAAAAGUGCAAAUCCGAGUACAUCGUGUCGUUCUAUGGCGCCUACCUGGACGAGUCCGACGUUGCCAUCUGCAUGGAGUAUAUGGACCUGGGGUCGUUCGAUCACAUCUACAAAAAAGUCGGGCCCGUCCCGGAAGACGUCAUGGGCAAGAUCACCUACUCUGUUAUCAAGGGUCUUGUGUAUCUGUAUGAUGGACACCGCAUCAUCCAUCGAGAUUUGAAGCCAAGUAACAUCCUAAUGAAUAGCAAGGGCGAAGUCAAGAUUGCUGACUUUGGCGUGAGUGGCCAGCUCGUCAACUCGGUGGCCAAUACGUUUGUCGGAACAAGUGCAUACAUGGCGCCCGAGCGAAUCCAGGGCGGAAGAUACUCUGUCCGCUCCGACGUGUGGAGUCUGGGCAUUACCUUGCUGGAGCUGGCGAUGGGCAAGUUCCCAUUCCCUCCGGAAGGCAAGCCCAUGACUGUCUUUGAGCUCCUCGAGUUUAUCCUUCACGAGCCCUCGCCCACGCCACCCCCUGGCCAGUUCACCCCAGAGUUCGAUGCUGUGGUUGCGCGAUGCCUGAUCAAGGAUCCAGCACAGCGACCGACGCCUUCGGAUCUGCUGAGAGACCCAUUUGUCGUCCGUGCCGAGCAUUCCAGCGUGGACAUGCAGACCUGGGCAAAGAGUGUUGCCGCCGCUUGAUGCAUGAGGGAUAGGAAAAAAACAUGUUCUGUGGCUUACAUUCGGAAACGGAACAGGAAAGCCGAUAUUGUUACCCGGCCGUGGGCGGCUGUCGUUUGC